GCUCUGUGUUCCAUACGCCAAUUCCAGAUGCAAUUCGCGGACCUGCCGCUGCCGGCGCCGGUGCAGGCGAGUCUUCGAGCCUGCGGCUUCCAUGUCCCGUCGCCGAUCCAGGCCAAGGCGCUGCCGAUCGCUCUCUUUGGGAACGACCUCAUUGCGCAGGCCAAGUCGGGCAUGGGCAAGACGCUCGUCUUUGCGACAGUGGCCAUCGAUCUCGUCCAUCGUUCGAGCACGAGCUGGGCUGUCAUGCUGGCGCCGACGCGCGAGAUUGCGCUGCAAAUCCAGCAUGUGUUGCAGUCAUUGCUCGCACCGAUUCCAAGCUUGGACGUUACCAUGGUCGUUGCAUGCAUAGGUGGGCUGCCCAUCGACACGGACGAAGCGAACCUCCGGCGCAAGACGACACGGCUCGUCGUGGGCACGCCCGGUCGUCUCAAGUCGCUCGUUCAGCGCAAGAGCCUCCUUGCCGACCAAGUUCAUCUCCUCGUGCUCGACGAAGUCGACAAGCUGCUUCAACCCGACUUUGAAGCCGACAUGCGAUUUAUCCUCUCGGCGCUGCCAACCUCCAAGCAAACGAUCGCUUGCUCGGCCACGUUCACGCCCGACCAGCUAGCCGACCUCGCACGGCAAAUGCAUCAUCCGCAGUUUGUUUGCGUGCGCGGACCCAACGUUGUCACGACCGAGUACGUCCAGGCCGACGACACGGCCGCAUGGCGCGACCGCGAGGCCAACGCGGCGCCCGAGGUCUGGCUGCGCGGCGUGCAGCAGCGCUACGUGCUUUUGGAUCCAUCGAGAAAGGAAGAGUUGCAUGUCGUCAAGCAGGAGCAGCUCACGAGCCUCCUCACGCGCCAGCCGUUCCACCAGUGCAUCGUCUUCUCCAACGACAAGUUUCGCGCCGAGACGGUCGCGGCGGCGCUCUCGACCAGCGGGUUUCCUGCCGAGUGCAUCACGAGUGCGCAGAGCCAAGAGCAGCGCACGGCCGCCAUGGACCGCUUCCGGGCGUUUGGAGUGCGCAUUCUUGUAUCGACCGAUCUCACGGCGCGAGGCAUUGACGUGGACCGCGUCAACCUUGUGAUCAAUUUGGAGCUGCCGCGGGACCCGGCGACGUAUUUGCACCGCGUUGGUCGCGCGGGGCGCUUUGGGGGACACGGCGUCGCAGUGACGCUGCUUGGGACAAAGGAGCUCGCCGCAGUCGAAGCCCUCGCAAAGCUCUUCAAGAUGAAGAUUACCGAGCUCGACUCUCACUGCGCCGUGACGCCCGACGUGGAAGACGACCACGAGCAAGGCUUGUACGCGCACACGGACCUUCCAGAGGAGCUGUACCAGCGCAACCCGACCCCGCUUCCCCCCGUGCUACCGUUGCUGCCAACGGAAUUUGUCGCCGUAGAGUCGAUCGAGGUCGUCGCCAAGCAGGCCGAUCAACCGCGGUCACGGCCGACCCAGGCUCGGGAACUUCAAGCCCUGAAAACGAGCCAAGACGACAAAGCAGGCGCCGUCCAUACACCCUUCCUUCGCGACGGAAGCGCCACUAACAAUGUCCUUGCCAAGGAGGACCCUGCCGCCAACGAUCACGAAGAGAUGGUCGAGAAGCCGUGGACGCCGUCGCCGGCCUACGAAGACGAGGAAGCGCAGUACGAAGCCUGGUGUCGAGCAUUUCGAUAGCUUGGGUAUCCACCUCGUAAGAUGGAGAGACAUAGGUAGUUUGACCACUAUAAGUAAGAAGGGGGGGAAAGACACGCUACGUGUCGAAGUCCACGAGUUGCCGGACGGCCGUGCUGCCAUUGUGGCGGCGGAUGGGCGACGAAUCGGGGCUCGAAUCGUCGUCUUCCUCAUCCUCAAUCUCGAAGCUCUUGCUGUUGCG